AUGCGCGGUGACAGUCUCUGCCCGAGCCGCGCAUCUGUUUCCUCGGCGGGUCCAGUAGACUCCGACAGCACGGUGGAAUCCCAAAACAAAGGUGGUGGGCUGCCGGCGCCAGCACCCCCGGCUCAGUGUUCCGACCACUGCUCUGUAGUCGUCCCAGAGAGCAAGGAUAUGCCGGAGGAGUUUGUGGUGACCGCGCUGCUCGCGCCCUCACGCCUCUCAUUGAAGCUGCUGCGAGCGUUGGUGAUGAGCCUGGUGUACCUGGCUGCGUUGAUGGCCGCGUUUGUCUAUAGCUGCAUCGCGCUCACCAAUGUGUUGUGCCGCCCUCGCCGGGGCUGCUGCGGCCGCCAGAGGUUGUCUGCUCCAGAGUGCCUGAGAGACCCUACGCUGGGCGAGCAUUGCUUUCUAACCCUCAGGAGUUCCGGCCUGCGUUUGCACUAUGUCUCCGCUGGUCGUGGCAACGGGCCCCUCAUGCUAUUUCUGCAUGGCUUCCCAGAGAAUUGGUUCAGCUGGCGCUACCAGCUGCGAGAGUUCCAGAGCCGUUUCCAUGUAGUGGCUGUAGACAUGCGUGGUUAUAGCCCCUCUGAUGCUCCAAAGGAAGUGGAUUGUUACACGACUGACUUGCUGUUGGCUGACAUCAAGGAUAUCAUCCUAGGCCUGGGGUACUCCAAGUGCAUUCUCGUGAGCCACGACUGGGGGGCCGGCCUUGCCUGGGAAUUCUCCAUCUACUUCCCAUCCCUAGUGGAUCGGAUGGUUGUGGUCAGUGGACCUCCCAUGUCGGUGUUCCAAGAAUACGCAAUUCGCCACAUCAGCCAGUUAUUCUGCUCACACUACAUGUUCCUGUUCCAGCUUCCCUGGCUGCCGGAGAAGCUGUUGUCUCUGUCUGACUUCAGGUGCAGUGAGGGUUAA